GUUCAUUUGAAGUUUACAACCGAACCAUUACCUUCAGACUAAAUAGUAAUAAUUACGAUGGACCCACUUAACAACCAAUACUCGCCGAAUAUGUGGGAGAGGCAGAGUGAGCCGGAUUCACAACAGGACGAAUCCGAGAGCGACGACGAACAGUUCACGGCAGUGCCGGCCAAAAGACGUAAAAUACAAAUCGCAUCGGGCUGCUCCGAAAAAAAAUACGAGAUGUGGACCUCGAUCGUGGUCAAUGUGUUGUCGAAAUCAUUCACGAACUGUUCUGUUAGUCCUUUAGAUGAAGAUGGGGGUAAGGCUGAUCAGGGGAAUAAAACACUUGUUAAAGCUGGCCUUGCACCAACGGAAAUUGCUAAGGAGUCUGAAUGUGGAGGGAACGUCGGUGAUGGUAAUGGCAACCAUGAUGAUGUCGAAAAUUGUUCUAAAACGGACGAAAUAUUACCGCCCUUUAAGUCACAUAAGAGUGAAAAAAACAGAGAUAAAAAUAAUUAAAUACUUAUAUACACUGCUAAAUUAAUUAUUGAUGAUUUUUUGUAUAUUUUUAUAUUAAAUAUUUAAAUUACAUUAUUAA